AUGGCCGCGGCUGCCGGCAGCGCCAAGGCCAUGUCCCUCUUCAAGCGCACCUUGGUGCUGAGCCCGGUCGCGGCCCCCAGGGCCCCGGGCGCAGGCGGCCCCCCGCGGGGCUGCCCCUCGGCCUCGGCCACCUGGCCCUGCAAAGACUGGUCUCGGCUGCGGAGCCCGCCGGGCCGCCUGCCCCAGCCCCACUCCCACGCCUGCUCCUCCGCGUCUCCCACCGCCGUGUGUCUUUGCCCGCAGGACUCGCUCAGCAGCAGCUUGAAAACUUGCUACAAGUAUCUGAAUCAGACCAGCCGCAGUUUUGCAGCGGUCAUCCAGGCGCUGGACGGGGACAUUCGCCAUGCCGUGUGCGUGUUUUACCUGGUCCUCCGAGCUCUGGACACACUGGAAGAUGACAUGACCAUCAGUGUGGAAAAGAAGGUCCCCCUGCUGCGUAGCUUCCACACCUUCCUUUAUGAGCCGGACUGGCGGUACAUGGAGAGCAAGGAGAAGCACCGACAAGUGCUGGAGGACUUCCCCACGAUCUCCCUGGAAUUCCGAAGUUUGGCUGAGAAAUACCGAAUUGUGAUCGCUGACAUUUGUCAGAAAAUGGGAAGUGGGAUGGCAGAGUUUCUGGAUAAGCACGUGACCUCCAAGCAGGAGUGGGACAAGUACUGCCACUAUGUCGCCGGGCUGGUGGGAAUUGGCCUUUCUCGGCUGUUCUCGGCCUCGGAGUUUGAAGACCCCGUGGUUGGUGAAGACACCGAGCGGGCCAACUCCAUGGGCCUGUUUCUGCAGAAAACGAACAUCAUCCGCGAUUAUCUGGAAGACCAGCAAGAAGGCAGAGAGUUCUGGCCUCAGGAGGUCUGGGGCAGGUACGUCAAGAAGCUGGGGGACUUUGCUCAGCCGGAGAACAUGGACGUGGCCGUGCAGUGCCUCAACGAGCUGAUAACCAACACGCUGCACCACAUCCCCGACGUAAUCACCUACCUGUCCCGGCUCCGGAACCAGAGCGUGUUCAACUUCUGUGCAAUCCCACAGGUCAUGGCCAUUGCCACCUUGGCUGCCUGUUACAAUAAUCAACAGGUGUUCAAAGGGGUGGUGAAGAUACGCAAGGGCCAGGCAGUGACCCUAAUGAUGGACGCCACCAACAUGCCGGCUGUCAAAGCAAUCAUAUCCCAGUAUAUGGAGGAGAUUUACCACAGGAUCCCCAGUUCAGACCCAUCCUCCCAUAAAACGAGGCAGAUCAUCUCCACGAUCAGGACGCAGAAUCUCCCCAACUGCCAGCUGCUCUCCCGGAGCCACUACUCCCCCAUCUACCUAUCCUUCAUCAUGAUCUUGGCCGCCCUGAGCUGGCAGUACCUGAGUGCACUGUCCCAGGUCACAGAGGACUAUGUGCAGACCGGGGAGCACUGAUCAGGACACCCAGAAGCCGAGGUUCACCUGGACCGGAUGAACUUUUGAUCCAAGGAUGGGGACUGGCUUUUUUUUUCUUCCUACUUUAAUCUCUCCAAGAGAUUAAAACCAUGGACCUUUAGAAAAUGAAAUGCAUUUGCAAAGAAUGUGGGGAUGAAAGCAGAGGAUACCCUGCCCUCAGCGCCUGUGCCUGGGUCUCUGGCCCCUCCUCCCUGGUGUCAGGGCUUCAUGUGGGGUUGCGCGUGGGCACCUGGUCUGGUCCUGCAGGAUCCUGCUGGAAUGAUAAUUAAAUGUGUUUAAUUUGAA